GAGCUCAAUAAAACCUGCUACCCGGCAGUCUAGGAGGAUAGGAGAAAAGAAAGUUAAGCAGCCACAGGAUAUGGCUCUGGGAGUUCCAGUGUCAGCCUAUCUUUUCUUCAAUGCACUGACGGCCCUGACCGCUGAGGCCGACUGGACCGGGACGUCCCCAGGCACAGCCCCCCAAAGCAACAGGACAGCUAACAAGACACAAGCUAACUAUGUUGAAGGACCCAUUGCGCUGAGGUUUUCACACCCCUGCCUGGAAGACCACAGCAGCUACUGCAUCAAUGGCAUGUGUGCCUUCCACCAUGAGCUGGACCAGGCCAUCUGCAGGUGUUACACUGGUUAUACCGGGGAAAGGUGUGAGCACCUGACCUUAACUUCAUAUGCUGUGGAUUCUUAUGAAAAAUACAUCGCAGUUGGGAUUGGCGUCGGACUACUAUUAAGUGGUUUUCUUGCUGUUUUUUACUGUUACAUAAGAAAGAGGUGUCUCAACCUGCAGUCUCCCUACAAUAUGUGCUCUGGAGGAAAAGAGCCACUGUGA